GGGGCACAACCCAUAUGCUUUUUUAUCACUCCGACCAAAAAUGCCGAUAAAAACUACGUUGGAACGUGAUAACUGUGUGGUUAGUUCCCGUAGCGCUCACCGUUGUUUUGUUUCAUUUUCAUUAUACGGUGUACAGUAUACACACCUCGUUAGUUUUUUUCGCUAUAUGUACUCAAUACUCAUUAAGUAUAGUACGUACUGCACUUGGAUUUUGAUGACCGAUCGAACGACGCGGACGACGUAAGUAGAUACCUGUAAUUCGUUUUUUAUUUUAUUUGCCGUUUUCACGGUCGUCCAACCACGUUUUUGUCACCGGCCGUCAAUUACAAUAAUAUCCGGGCUCCUGUGCGGCGGAUAUCCGUUUUCACGUUAGUUCACGUUUUUGACACCGACUAUCAUUUACAAUAAUAUCCGGGCUCCUGUGCGGCGGAUAUCGUACUUUUAUUCAAUUUCUCGAAAAACUUCGUUUUCGAAACCUUGCAACCUAUUUAUUUUAUUGUACCUAAUACCUAUUAAGUAUAGGUAUACAACUGCCUAAAUUACGUGAAACCGUAGGUGACAAAAAAAAAAAAAAAAAAAUGGAAAUUGCUGCUGAUGUUAAAGAAGAAGAUAACAUUACUACAAAGACUGUCCUGCCAAUAGAAGACAUAAACGAUCAGACUUUGGUAAGCCCGACAACAGAGUUAAAUGUCUCUACUGCAGCCAAUGACAUACCUGCGCUCGACUGUACGGACUCAAACGACUAUGAGCCCGAGACAAAAUUGAUGUCUGUUGUUGAUGUAAAUCGUAGUAGUAAGUCUGUUUCCAUUGAGGCCAAUAAACCUGUUUCCGUUUUAAUUGAGGACAGUAACUCUGUCUCUAUUGAAUCCAGUAAUUCUGUAAUUACCGAACACAAUUUAAAUGUAGCUAUGGCCUCUACAACAAUAUCAGACACAGUUGAGGUCAAGCAAAAUUCAAAUGAAGACAUUUUGGAUGAGCAACUUAAACAAAAUACAAUAACUACUGAAAAUGAAAAUUCUGUUGUUGAAAAAGAAAGUACAAACUCAAUGCAUGAAAAUAAUGAGAACAUUUUAGAGACUGAUGAACUCAACUCAACAGUUGGUGGUGAAUAUGAAGACGCUCGUGAUUAUAUUGAUGAUGAAUAUUAUGUCGAUGAAAAACUGACUGACAAUGAAAAUGAACGUUCAUUCAUUAGCGCUAACGUUAACGAUGAAAGCUAUGAAGAAGAGGAACAAGGAGAUAAUGAGGAUGAGGUAAGAAAGGAUUAAAUUGUUAAUUUUUUAUUUUUGCAUUUUCUUGUCUUGUCUGUCUACCAGGUAGCUAGGUUACCUUUUAUUUUAUAAUUCGUUUGAAUAAUAAAAGGUCAAUUCAAUAUUUUUUACACCAAUUGCAUUCUACAGUUAAGAAAUGUUUAAUUUUGUCAGUUAUAAACAGAGUACUAAAUUCAAAUUCAUACUACUUAUAUACUUACCUAUUGUAAAUUUAUGAUUUCCAAAACUUAUUUAAGUACCUAUCUAUAUCUUGGUUUGGAUAUCUAUUUUAUGAAAAUCAGAAUAAAGUAUAGUUUUCUCUGCUGAACACAAAUUUGCUAUGUUGUAGGUUUAUACUAAGAAGGCAAUACAUGCAGAUACAACGUGCUUUUAAAUCCUGUUCAGUGUCCAUAUUGUCAAAUAUUAAUAAUUAUAUUCAUUUCUAUCACCAAUUUCUCAUUUCUUGCCAUAUACUCACACCUAGAUUUACUUAUAGCAUCAUUGUAAUAAGUACUAUUAUUAUUUUAUAAAUUGUAAUUUGUUUUAUAUUUGAUCAUUAAUUAAACAUAGCAAGCAACAUUCUCAUCAGAAAUACCUUUACCUGUCGAUGAUGAUACCAAUGACCCACAAUAUAUACCUAGACGUGGUCGAUUUUAUGAACAUGAUGACCGUAUGGCUUAUAGUACGACAAGCUCCGAAGACUGUGAAUCGAGUGAUGUGUAUGAUGAUACUUCGGAUGAUGAAGAUGAUGAUAAUUCACUGUAUGUAAAAUAUUGUAAAAUAUUUUUUACUCUAAUCUUUAUUCUCUCAUUAAAAUAAAAUUUUGAUUAUUUUUAGUGACCGUCGUAACAGGAAAGUCUACAUUGAUAAUAAAAAUCCUCAACCAAUUGAUGCCACAGAAGACAUUGCGGUUCAAAAUAUAGAACCGCAGGGGACAUCCAUAAUAAAUACAUUAAAAGUUUUGAAUAUAUCUAAAUUUGCUUCUGAAAGAAAACAUUCUUUUGAUACUCCAAUAACUACUCACAAUGAUGUAUCGUCAAGAAAACUGGGUGGAAGAAAGUUUCGAAAUAUAGAUUCAUUGGAUAAAUGGGGUCAUGAUAUGUAUGAUGAACGAGAACAAACCCGUAAAAGCCGAGAUGAGUUAUUGUCUUCAUAUGGAUAUGACAUACGAGAAGAAAUAGAAGCACCAAGAGCUAGGCGACACCAUAAAUAUGGGUAAUUUAAAAACAACAAUAUUUUUAUAUGAUACAUUAUUACUAGGAUUUGGAUGUUUAUGCACUUAAAAUAACUAAUAUGUAUGCAUUUAUGCAUUAAAAAAUUACCAAAUAUGCACCACUAAAAAUCAUAAAUAAAAUAAGCAUUUUUGGUUCAAAAUACGCUCAAAAUUUAUUUUACCUUAAUUAAGGUUCAAUACCUUGAUUUGAUUUGUAUAAUUAGUUAUUUGCAUGUAUUAUUUUUUAUUACAUAUUAAUUUACAAUUUAAGUGUUAAAAUGUGAUAGGUGUUACAAUCUAAGGUACAAUAGUUUUUUUUUUAAUUUAUUCAAAUUUUAUGCUUUUUUGCUUUAUAUUUCAUUUGUAAUUUAAAUUGUUUUUAAUAAAGUUCGGAAAUAUACUAAAAUAUGCAUUUACAUUCUUAAAAUCCUGAAAUGUGCAUUUAAAAUAUAAAACCAUAAAAUAUGCAAAAUAAAAAUAGUAUUAUUCGAUUCAGUAGAUCAUCAAAUCAAAUUUGUAUUCAGAUCAGCAUUGAAUUGGAUAGAUAAAAAAAUAUAUAAUUUCAUAAACAUCCAAACCCUAGUUAUUACAAAUUAUAACUAUUUUUAUUUUAGGCGUACUGCUACUGUUAAAUAUAACCGAAACUGGCAAGAUACAAAAGCUUACACUGGGACUAGUAGUGAAAAACGUGGCGGUCCUGGACGGCGUAAUGUUGGUAGUCAGUAUAAUAAGAACAAACCAAAGUCAACUCCUGCUGAAGAAUAUGAUUCGGAAUUUCCCAUUUUGGAUCAUGCGAAGACAUCAACAGAGAUACCUCAAAAAGUCAUAGCUCAAGAUCGUUCUCAAGGAAAUAAAAAUAUCGCUGUGGCUGCUGGUUCAUCUAAAAAUUCCACACACAUUACUCGAACUUCUACAAAAUAUUCAAAUUCUCCUCAAAACCGUAGUAAUCAACGAGAACCUCAAAACAGUGGAUUUUUACCACAGUCUUCUUCCAAUAAAAACUUUUUCAACCGUAAUAAUUAUAAUAGUAAAGAAAGAGAUGGUACACCAGUUGCUCGAGACUCUCCUUCAACUGCAGAUAAUUCUAAUUACUUCAACCGAAAUUUACCACAACAAAGUGGUCGCCAUAGCCAACCCCAUAGUUUUAAACAACACUAUAAUAAUACUCAUGUUGGCCAUGGACAUAAUCAAUCUCAAUCUUCUUCUAUAAGAGGUCGUAAUUUUCAACAACAUAAUAAUAGUCCACAAUUUAAUCGAGAUCGAUAUUUUUCUAAAGACAUAACUACACAAUCUCCAAAUUUACAUCAUAAUACUGUUGUCAUUGGUUCAGGUCGCAUUCAACAUAGCGAAGAGCAUUAUCAUCAUUUUAAUAAUCAACAAUGUAAGUUAUUUAUUAUUAUUUCAAUAAUUAUAAAUAUUUCCUAUUAUAUAAAUUAUAAUAAUAUGUUAUUUAAAAAAUUAUUAUUUAUUACAUAAUUUCUAUAUUACUAAUUUUGUCUAUUCCUUUGUUAAGUUCAAAACCCAGUUUACGACUAUAGAUAUGGUUUAAAAAGUAUAAUUAAUACAAUAUAUUUAAUAAAUUUAAAUUCAAUUUGUAUUAUGUUAUAUCUAAAAAUUACAAAUUAUUUAAAUUUUUCCCAUUCUAUUAUAACUAUUAUACUUGUACUAUCAACCUUGAAUUUAUGAAACUAAACUUUAAAUAUUUUUAAAAUGAUAAUUUGUGUUUUUAAUAUAUGUCAAUGUUCUAUGUUUCUAUUUCAGAUGAAAAUGAAGUUCAAAAAGUUGAAUCACAAACAGCCCCUGUAGUACGUAGUGCCAAAAGAUACUCUGUUCAAAGCCGCAGAGAAUUGCCUGAUCCUGUAUUAAAUUUUGGUAGUAUGUCUAAAGUAACCCAGCAGCAGUCCUCAAUUUCACAUCAUCAACAAAAUAACAGCUUGAUAAUGCAAGAAUCACAAACAACACAACUUCAACAACUGCCUCCACAAAUGCAACAACCGCCUCCACAGAUGCAACAACCGCCUCCACAAAUGCAACAACCUCCUCCACAAAUGCAACAACCUCCUCCACAAAUGCAACAACCUCCUCCACAAAUGCAACAACCGCCUCCACAAAUGCAACAACCGCCUCCACAAAUGCAACAACCGCCUCCACAAAUCCAACAAAUUCAAUUGCAACAACCUCCUAUGCAAUUACAACAAUUUCAUCAGCCUAUGACCCAAAUGAAUUCACAUCACAGCAUGGUAGUUGAUCCUAACACAGGAAUGGUACUUAUGGCAACUGACCCAUCCAUGUACCAUCAUCAGAUAUACGCUGCACCUCAAUAUGGUACAACUGUUGCUCAGGGUUCCCCGGGUAACAGUGCAGAAGAUCAAAAUGCUGCUGCAGUAGCUGCAGCUGCAUUGCAAAUGUUAGCUGCUCAGGCAGCUGUUUACCAACCAUUGCCAACUGGUCCAACAUCCGUAACAUCUCCACCUACUGGCACACAACAAAUACAACAACAACCACCUGUAUGAAACUAUUUUAUAUAUUAAUCUACUUGAAAUUUAGUUUUUGUUUAUUUUAUCAGGUUAAUGUUGACAUUCUAUAAAAUGCAUAAUAAUUUAAGAUGUUCCAUGUACAUUAAUUAUUAACAAACUUGUUUUUACUUAUUAGCUUCUUAUACUUAGUAGCUGAAUAAUAAUUCAUAUAAAUACCAGGUAGGUAUUCAUUAGGACUCAGUUACCAGGAAGAUUUAAUAAUUAUAUUGUUAAAAUUGUAAUAUUUUAAAUGCAAGUUUUUUGAUAAAUCGUAUACCUAUAUUUACUUAUUUGCAGUGGUUAAAGUAGGGGACGAAGGAGUCUCUCUUCAUUUUAAAUCUACAAAGUCUAGGAGGAGGCUUUAUGAUCUUAUUAAGAAUAAUACAAAUAAUAAAGUAUCUACUAAGUACUAGAGGCUAAGCCAGUAGUAACUAAUUAAUCGCCUAAGUAAUAUAGGGUAAUGAUGCCAGUCUACUAGUGUGGCUGUAUGUGGGAACUUAAUGUCUAUUUCUAAAUUCUUAUCUGUAAAUAUAUAAUAGUCACAUCAACAAUAAUUUGUAAUAUUAUAAUAAUGCCAAAGAAAUUUAUAAUUUCGACCACAGAUAAUGCAGUAUAAAUUAUUUUUUCAUUAGGUCAAUUGGAGGGCCAUAUAUUUUUUCACUCCAUGAUCGAAAAAACAAUUUUAAAGUGAACUUCAAUUAGAACUUAAUGACGGAGUACUCAGAACAUCCCUAAUAAUAUUUUCAAUGUAUUUAUAAUUAUAUUUAUAACCUGUUAUAGCAAAUCCAUUAUGUCCAUCAUAAUAAUAUAAAUUAUUGAAAAAUUCAAUAAGUUACUUAUCAUACAUUUACUUUUUCUAUUCAAGGAUUCAUUCAUGACAACAUACUAUCAACCACAAGCACCUAAACAACCUCCUCCAAGACGUGUGAAUUUGGCAAUACCUAUAGUGGCUCCAUCUGAACACAAUCAACAACAACAUGCUUCAAAAUCCAACCCUACUCAAACUCCACCACCAACAGCAACCUCAACCAAUUGAAUUGCCUCAAUUUUUUUAACUAUGUCAUAUAUAAAUAUUCUGUAUUUUUAACACUUAAUUUCUUAACAAGUAAAUAUGCAUGUUUUAACAAUUAUUACUAUGACUAGUGAAUUAUCUAAUAUAAAAUAAUUUUAAAUACAUUUGUGUAGCCUAAAUUACUAUUACAUAUUGAUAUUGUAUUUCAAUUUUCAAAUUAAAUUUAUAAGUAAUAUUUUAAACAAUUUGUUGUAAAAUAAUUUAUAUUUAUAAUUCUAUACAUGGGAUUUCAAGUUAAAAAUUUUAAACAAUGGAGUUAUGGAAUCCCAGUUAUCCAAAUACCUAUUUUUCUAAAACCUCAUUUAAUUGUGUUUAUUUAAAAAAAAUUUAUGAGCUAUAAAUACUUAUUAAAUAUUAAUUAUCUUUAGUAUCUUAGUAUCAAUUAAUGUGUUAUAGAAAUGUUGAAAACUUCCAAAUAAACUUAAUAAUGAAAGAGUAUCAGAAAUGCUUAUAUUAUUAUUACUAAUUAUUUUUAUUCGAAAUUAAAAAAACUUAUUACCUAAUUCAC